AUGGGGGAGGGGGGGGGAGUUGGUGUCAUCGGUGCUGAUUCCCAUCUUCGGGAGACUCCCAAAUCUAAAGUGAAGACCUACUGGGCUGAGGCGAGCAGCAGUAGCAGCAAGAGCUUGUCCAUCAGCCGCCUGCUCUCACAGAAUCUCUUCGGCAAGGAGAACUUUACAGCCAUUGACCUGGACUACGACGGCGCGGAUCCCUUCUCCAAACAGGACCACUGGAACUGGCUUUACAACAGCACGUCCCCGUCAUCCCACCGUGACCCCCGCUCCAGGCCCAAACGCAGACCCAUCGUCAAAACUGGGAAGUUCAAGAAGAUGUUCGGUUGGGGUGACUUCCAUUCCAACAUCAAGACCGUCAAACUCAACCUCCUCAUCACGGGGAAAAUCGUCGACCACGGAAAUGGCACGUUCAGCGUCUACUUCCGGCACAACUCCACCGGCCAAGGAAACGUCUCUGUGGGCCUGGUGCCUCCGACCAAGGCAGUGGAGUUCCGAGUCCAACCUCACUCAAGCAACCGCCAGCAACAGCAGCAGCAGCAACAGCAGCAGCAGCAGCAGCAGCAGCAGCAGACCGCUCUGGAGACCAAGGAAACCAAGCUGUUUAACUGUCGUGUGGAGUAUGAGAAGGUGGAGAAGGGGACUCGGAACUCCCUGUGCGCCCACGACCCGUCCCAGAGCUGCCCUCAGGAGCAGACCCAGAGCCACGUGUCCUGGUUGUGCUCCAAGCCCUUCAAGGUCAUCUGCAUCUUCAUCACCUUCCACAGCACCGACUACAAGCUGGUGCAGAAGGUUUGCCCGGACUACAACUACCACAGCGACACGCCCUACCUGCCCACAGGCCAUGCGUCCCGUCUGCUUCUCGUAAUCACCGAGUCACGUCACUGGAGAGGGGAGCUGGAUGCCACUCCGGAUUAG